AUGGCAGCAGCCAUUCCAAAGAUUGGCCGGGACCUGUCUUUACAUGUGUCUAUCCUCAAGUACGAGGUGGUCGAAAGCGGCCAAGAGGCGCAAGGCAUAGCCAAGGGCCUCGAAGUGCUGAAGGCACGAGUGUCCUUGGCCAAGACUGGACAGCAUGUCGAAUACAUCUUACAGGUUAGCAUGAACAGCUCUUCGCCCUGGACGCUGCGGCGGCGCUUCAACGACGUGGCGGUCAUGCACGAAGCCUUGAGGGAACCCAGUGAAUACCGAAACCGAGCUGCAAUCGAUGGAACGGGCCUUCGUGGCGACGCGAGGUCGUUCGGCAAUUCAGCUUGUAGCAUUGGUGCCAUGGCUUUCCGCUUGACCUACCGCCGUCAGUGCCGCUACAACACCAAGUCCAACAAGCAGCGCGUCGUGAAGACUCCCGGUGGCAAAGCAGUGUACCAGGCAGUCAAGAAGAAGGCAAAGGGCCCACACUGCGGUGACUGCGGCAAGGCUCUGAUUGGCCUGCCACGUUUGCGCCCGAUCGAGUACUCUCGCCUGAAGAAGCGCGAGAAGCGUGUCAACCGUGCCUACGGCGGAUCCCGAUGCGCCCACUGUGUUCGCGAGCGUGUUAUCCGGGCCUUCCUGAUCGAGGAGCAGAAGUGCGUCAAGCAGGUCCUUGCCGAGAAGCUGUCGCAGGCCAAGGAGAAGGAAGGAGGUCCGGAAUACCUGGAGUCCCGGAAGAACGCCCUUGCCGCAUACUUGCAAGGGUUGGCGCACCGCAGAGAUAUUCUGAAUUGCUUCGAGGCGCAGGAAUUCUUCGGAAUGUGUGAACGCGACCAGACGCUCCGCCAGCCAAGCGAGCGCGAGCCGAAGUUGGUGUCCGAGGUACAGGAGGCGGCUUUCGGCAUUACUAGCUUCGUUUAUGAAGCCAGUCGUGGUUUGCUGCUCCUUGGGGCUGCGGACUGCAACUGGAUUUCCCGUAUGGAUACGAAGCUCACAAACAUCAAGUUGCCGUGGGAGCCGGUGGCACCCGAUCUGCCCAGCUCGCAGAUGAGCUUGUGGAAGGAGUCCCCACCGAACUCGAAGAGCUACCAACUCCAGUUUGCCUGCCGCUAUUCCGCCUCCAUCUCCUGUGUAGCUUUGGUCAUUGAGGAGGGAGGUUGCUGCCUGUGUGGUCUGAGUGACGGUGCUGUCGGCUUUCAGAAGAUGAGCGCGCCCAGCGGUGUCUCUCGCGGGGCUACCCUGCCCUUGCUGAAGCACACGGCCGCCGUCUCUGCCCUGGCCGUGGACGAGCGAGCGCAAUGGCUUUUCUCGGCAAGCAAGGACAACUCCCUGAAGGUCUACGACCUGGUCAGGCAGAUGAUGCAGUGCGAGACGCAUUCGCCGACCCCCACCACAUCGAUGCAUUUCGAAGAGGCGCAGCAGAGGCUGUUCACAGGCCUGCAGAGCGGUCAGAUCGCGGUUUGGGACACGUCCGUCCUGCCUCUGACGCUGCUUUGCAGCGUUCCUGAUGGUUCGACGGCUGUCUCAAGGGUCAGCGGCAUGGAUUACGAGGCGUCCACAGGAACGCAAGAUGGCACAGAUGCCUCGGCGCCGCAAUUUUCACAGCUCGAGGCUUUUGGUCGUAGGUCGUCAGCGGCCCUUGAAAGCCUUGCCUAG